AUGCAUUCAUCUGAUCUUUCACCACUGGGCUCAGCCGGUUCAGAUCCGGAAGAGCCAUCAACAUCACGCAGUUGUCCUACAACGACUGUAAAGCCGGAUGCCAAUGGAUGGGUGCCUCCAGGGACUUGUGGAUACAUUUCCCGACCUUACUACCCUUCCUUCAACUCCGCCUUGAUCUCCUGCGCCGCUGCAGUGUUGGUAUUACUAGGGUUCUCAUUACUGAUAUCCCGCUCGGCAUAUCGCCGUAAUCGCCAGCUGCGAAAUGAGGGAGGGCCGUCGUGGGGACUUCGUCUCUUUCUGCCUUGGAUUGGGGCUUUUAUCGCGACGUUUUUCUUGGCAGCCUACGUUUUGCGUGCAUUUGGCACAAAAUAUCAGCAAACGCCGGAAUUUGUGGCUAUUUCUGACACCUUUGUCCUAAUCUGCCCGAUAUUGAUAUUCGCGCUUGACUGCAUUGUCCUUACAAGACUUAUGACAGCUUACUGCCAAGAUGGGAAAGUUGUUGGAGUUACCGGACGAUUUCUCGCACGGGCACUCCUCAUUACUAUCCCUUUGACUGCAAUCGAGCAGCUGGUCGCCAGUAUACUUAUUGCUCCGAAACAUCGAGCUUCCUCUCCAGGCAGGAGCUCCAGCACGGCAAUACUCGGACUUAAGCUCUACCUCAUUGGCAUCGGUAUUCAGGAAGUCCUGGUAGUGUAUGCGUUGAUCAUAGCAAUACUAGUCUCCAUGAAAUUUGGAGACAACGAGACCGUUGAAACGAGAGCAAAAAUGACUCAUACCUCAAGCCAGCUAUUGAAAAAAUGGCGCUCGAUGAUGUACGCAUUGAUCUUCAGCCUUACAGCCAUAGGAGCGAGGAUAGCAUACCGCCUGAUUGAACUCUCUGGGGUCUUUACGGGGUAUCUGCUGGUGCUAAUGCACAACGAGAUAUUUUUCUAUUCACUUGAUUGUCUACCAGCUUUAGCUGCGUUGGGGAUUUGGGCGAUUGUAGGAUUUGAGGACGUACUAGACCAUCCGUCCCUUAACACCAUGCCUAUCGGUGCAUAUGCUUACCAUGAGCUUAACUUAGAGCUCGAAAUGGAUCACGAUAAUGUUAGUAGUACUAUACCUGGAGACAAGGGAAGCGAUAUUCCUGCCCAAGUUUGA